AUGGGUUUAUGCAAAUGUCCCAAAAAGAAAGUGACGAAUCAGUUCUGCUUUAACUGUAAAGUCAAUGUCUGCGAGUAUUGUAUGACAACAUCUCAUCAAAAGUGUUUUGUCGCCCCAUAUAUUCAAUGGUUGGAAGACAGCAAUCAUAGCCCUAAUUGUCUUCUUUGUGAUCAACAAUUAUCAUCGGAACAGACCAUUCGUCUUACAUGUUAUCAUAUAUAUCACUUGAAUUGUCUGAAUGGUUACGCAAAUCAAUUGCCGUCAAACACGGCACCGGCCGGCUAUACCUGUCCCACGUGUCAGAAGCCGAUGUUCCCGACAAGUAAUGCCAACAGUCCAGUGAUUAAUCUGUUUCGCAAACUCUUGUCUGACGAAAGUUGGGCGAGAGUUGGGUUAGGAAUGCCUGUUAUCGAGUCAAAUGACCAUUCAUUUCAAGAUCUUAAUCAAAGUUCACUGUCCAAUGUAUCGAUGGACUCAUCGUCACCAUCGGUGCCACAAGUGAUUCAUCACAAUCCCAACAAUAGUUCGGCUAAUGUUCCCAUUUAUAUUAACAAUGUGUCCAAUUAUAAUACACCACACAAUGACUCGUUUGGUAUGUCGACCACUAGAAACAAAUACGAUAAUGGAUCCAGAAAAUCAUUGUUGGACAUCGAUGAAGACAAAUAUCGACAAAAGUCGCCCAUCGAGUUCAUCUCCAGAUGGCUUCGAUUACACACACCUAUCGGCAAUCGACGUCAAACUGUUUUGACUCAAAAACGGCUAAUAAUAGUAGCAAUUAUAGUAUUUUUAGUUAUUUGUACUUUAGUUCAUUAUUUCUUAAAGUUUGGUCGCGAAAGUGCUGACAACGAUCCUCUUCUGGAUCCGCGCUUUAAUCCCAAUAUUCGUAAUGAAGUGGAAACAUAACAAUUGGGACAAACAUUCCUCUAAUGAUUGAAACAAUUUUCAAUAUUUUUGUUGUAAUUAAUCAAUCAUUAAAAAUAUUUGUAAAUUAAAGAUCAAAAAUAAGGAAUAAAUUUUAUUAACAAAUUUAUUAUGCGAUCCGUUUG